AUGAAGGUUCUUUCAUGGAAUAUAAGGGGCCUUAAUAACCCCUUAAAACAAAAGGAGAUUAGAAGGUUGGUUAGAAGUCUCAAUAUUUCUGUUGUUUGUUUGGAUGAGACUAGAGUGCAAGAGUGUAAUGCUCUGAGUAUUCUUGGCUCCAUGUUUCCUGGUUGGAAGUUCUUUAACAACUAUAGUAUGCACAGGCUGGGGAAGGUGUGGUUAUGUCGGGACCCCGGGAUCAGUUCAGUUUCAUUGGUGGACGCUCAUUCUCAGGUUUUGACCUGCAUGGUGCAUCUUAAUGUAAAUAGUAGCUCUUGGCUCAUAUCUACUGUUUAUGGGGCUAAUCAAGGGUUAGAAAGAAGAUCUCUUUGGAGAAGGUUGGAAUUCUUGAAGAGAGGGUUGAACUCAUUCCCCUGGCUUUUAGUAGGAGAUUUCAAUGCAAUCCGGAGCCAUAAAGAAAACUGGGGUGGGGGAGGUUUAUCUUGCUAUGAUAUUGAGUUUGAUGAUUUGGCUUACUGUGGCUGCCUUCAUACCUGGUCCAAUAAACAAAGUGGCCCGGCUUUUAUAUCUAAAAAGCUAGAUCGAGUAUUAGCUAACAUUGAGUGGAUUCAGAAAUUUGGUAAUACCUCAGUAGAUUUUUUGGAGGCUGGAAUCUCUAAUCACUCCCCUGCUUUGAUUGAGGUUGAGAAGUAUGUUAGCUUUGGUCCUAAGCCCUUUAAAUUCUUUAAUUUUUGGGCGGAUCACAAACUCUUUCUUCAAUGGGUUGAAGAUGGUUGGAAACAUUCGGUGGAAGGUUACUCGAUGUUCAAGCUUUUCUCCAAAUUGAAGGCUGUCAAGAAGAUUCUCAAAGUGAAAAACUUGGAGAUAUUUGGAGGCUUGAGGCAGAAAGUAAAUAAGGCUAAAAAUGAACUUGAUCUGGCUCAAUCCGCUUUCAUUGCUUCCCAUGGUGAUGAGGAUUGUCUUAAGAAUGAGAAGGAAUGCCUUCAUGCUUAUAUUUCUCUUACUCUUGCAGAGGAGAAUUUUUUAAAGCAAAAGGCUAGUAAUAAUUGGCUCAAUCUUGGAGAUGGAAAUACUUCUUUCUUCCAUAAGUCUAUUAAGCUGAGGAAUUCUGCCAAUCUUGUGAAAGUCUUAAAAGAUGAUGAAGGCAAUAGAGGGAAGAUUGGGAGCAAAUCAAAGCUAUGGCUGUUGGUUAUUAUCAGAAGCUCCUUGGGAGUACUAAUCAUGAUUUUUCUAGUGAAAAGGCAGACAGGAUCACUAAGUUGA